AUGCAGAACAAAGAGAAUUUUAACGUUGAUACUGGCACUCAGUUAAAUUCAACGAUGGUACAGUGUUUUCUUUCAGGUGUAUACAUGGUCAUAUACGGCGGGACGUUAUAUUUCUACUUAUCAAAAAAGCAGCAAAGCAAGGCGCAUCGUGCAGUGUUAGCCGCCAUCACAGCGCUAUACGCAUUCUCACUCAUCAAUCUCGUCGUGCAAUGGACAGGCAGCAACUCAACCGUCGUGUAUAGCAGUGAUACCCGGACGCACCUAUCUCAAGCCUCACUAAAUAUCCCGCAACGGAUUCGGUUGAUGAUUGGAACGACACUCGCCGUGUCAAUUUUGAUUUCGGAUGUUCUGCUCAUUUGGAGGUGUUACAGUAUCUGGGGGGACUCCCUGAAAGUGGCCAUGAUCCCUUUAGUGCUUCUGGCUAUCGAAAUUGUUAUCGCAAUCGCUAGCACAGUAAUUGUCUGUUUACACCCACACAUAACAGACGCACCAGCCGAUUCCAAAAUCGACUACGUCGCAGCCGCCGGGCUCCUGUUCUCACUAUGCACCAACCUCUACACAACCUCUCUAAUCGGGUACAGAAUCUACACCACCACACGAGACAUAUCCACAUCCCACAACCGCGGGCGGUACAUGCGCAUCUUCUUCGUGCUCGUCGAGACGUCCGCCAUGUACAUCUUCGUUCUCGUCGUCGUCGCCAUCUGCCAGUUUGUCCCGCAGGUCAGCGAGCAGACGUACCCGCUGGUCGGGUUGAACGCGGAAAUACUGAACAAAGAUGUCACUUCAGGGCCUGAUUCCAACAGCUAUGGUUCUACGCCUGGUGCUUACUGGAAUACGUACUUCCUCUUGAUGUCAGUCGAUAUCUAUUAUUAA